AACCUCAAUAUUUAUAUAGUCGAAGCUGUGUAUCAUAACCUAUCGUAUUAUUUCUUCUUUGUGUUGUGCAUCAUAAAUAGACAAUUUAAAAUUCAUAUUUCAUGUGUCCUUUGAAAUUUUUUGUAAAAGAAAGUAAAAAUUUUUAUAAAAAGAUAUAGACAAAUAUAUAAAAUGGAUGAACUAAGUGAGCCUAUGGAUGUGGAAAUGCUUCCAAUUAUUGAUGACAGCAAGAUUGUUGAUUCUGAUCAAACGAAUAUAAAGACAUUUAAUACGAACAAUGUACAUGUAUCAGAGGUACAGUUAGAUAACCGUUAUGAAAAUCGUGGUGGCACUUUUAUGACAGGCAUAGAUAUAUUUAGUAAAGAAGAAAAACUCAAAAUGGAAGAGAGAGCUAAACGUUUUGGAUUAACAGAUAAAAUAAAAAAUAAUCUAUCAAAUCAAGAACAAGAUUUAUAUUCUAGUAUGGGCAUUGUAGAAGAUAGUGAAAAUACAAAAAAUAUUAGACUGAAUGUAAUACAUAUGAGAGGAACUGAAGAAAUGAGUACCAAAGAUGUCUUUAAAUAUUUUGAAGAUUAUGCCCCAGCCUCAAUUGAAUGGAUUAAUGAUGUUUCAUGCAAUGUGGUAUGGUUAGACAAUUUAUCAGCUGCUAGAGCUAUGUUGGGAUUAUCAAAAAGAAUUAUGGGUUUAGAAAAACAAAAAAAUAUAAAAACACUUGAUAGUAAUCCUGAUGAAGAAAACAAUGUAGCUAAUGAUGAUUAUACUAUUGAAAUGGUCGAAGAUAAUGAAACUAUAAACACAAAGAGUAUAGAGGAAGAUUAUAUAAGUAUUAAGGAUAUUAAUUGUCCAUUACCACCUGGUUUAUGGAGAAAGGGUAUAGAUUAUCCUAAAUCUAAAGCAAUAUUUCUUAGAUUUGCUACUAGAGCAGAUAAAAAGCAACCAAAUGCAGAAAAAAUGAGUGAAUAUUAUAAAAAAUAUGGAAAUCCUAAUUUUGGAGGUAUUAAAGGAAUUUUAACUGAGUCUCGAAAACGAAUGUACAAACAAAUUAGACAAAGUAAAAGAAGAUUCAAAGAAGAGCCGCAAGAAGAUGUUAAAGAUAAAAAACGUGUGAAAAAUCCAUGGGGUGCGUUAUCGGAAAGUUGGGGACUUAAUGAUGCUAUAGAAAAUGAAUUUGGUACUAGAAAUGAAUCUAGAGAUCAAGGACGUAGUGUAAAAGAUAGAUUAGGAAUAAAAUAUUCCCAAAAAGAAAUUACACAUACUGAAGAACAACAAAGUUCUUCAAGUAGUGAUAGUGAAAAUGAAUGGUGUAAAAGAAGUAAAGUAUUACGAAUGCGUAUGCAUGCGGAUGAUGAAGAAAAAAAAAUACACAAACGUCGUGCAAAACUUCGAGAACAAACCAUGUUAAAUAGUUUAAGUAAAGGCAAUGAUUUACGAUCGAGACUUAGCAAAUCAAAAAAAGGAACGCAAUUUCGUGAUGCAAUCCAAGUAGUUGUAACAAAUACAAAUGUAACAAAGUCAAAUUCAUUAAAACUUAAUGAAUCAGAGGAGGAAGAUGGUGAAAUUAUAGAAGAUAAUGAAAGCCAGGAAAAAGAAGAAGGCGAAUGGCAAGGAUCUGAUGAAGAACGAGAAGAAGACGAAGACGAAGAUUAUAGUGAUGAAGAUAGUGACAAACCAGUAAAAGAAGUCCAAGGACCUAAAGGCAGUGUAAUAAAAGUAGUUCAGCAUAAACCUCGUGUUGCUUCUACAGUAUGGGCGAGACUUAACAAUGUAAAAAGCGAAGUUAUUGAUAAAUCUAUCAAAAAUAGGCAAUCAAGAAUACGAGAUCUUAGAAAUACAUUAAAAGGUGAUCUUCGAUCUCGAAUCGGAAAUCAUACAAGAGGUCGUUCUCCUUUAAGGAUAGAAGUGAAAAAUGAUAAAUAUACAGAAGGAAGUGAAACAGAAUAAUUAUCGAUUAGUCAAACAAAUUGUCAUAAAAAAUGUGAAAUGUGGUUGUGGUGUUCUAUUUCAGUGGAAGAGAAUGGUAUGGUGCAAACUUCCUAAUUGAUGUAUAAAAAAUAGAAAAUGCACUCAUUACACCGAAUUUACUAUUUCGUUUAAUUGUAUACUUUUAUUGUAUACUUUUUAAAUUAAGAUGUUCUAAAAUCGCAUAAAAUUAAAUUUUAAUCAUGAACAUAUUUAUUUAUAUUAAUAAGAUAUAUAUGAGAAGAAAUUUUGUUGAUAUACAGACUUGAAUCAUAGAAUAUUAAAUUUGAAAUAUCAUAUUUUUAAUUUUAAUUGACUAAAUAUUUAAUAUUGAUACACUUUUGACUGUAUAAGAAUUAAAAGUUUUGUAUUUAAGCAAGAAUUUUUUUGAAAAAAUAUGUACUGGAUACAUAUUUACCAAUAUAAUUUUCCAUAAUUUUUUUUUAUUUAUAUAAUUCAAUUAUAUAUUGAUCUUUUAAUAAUGAUUAACAAUUAAUAUAUAUAUAUAUAUAUUGUACACAUAAUAUAUUCUAAAUAUAUUAUAUAUAUUUCUUAAAAUGAGAUAAAAUACAAAUAAACGGGUAAUGAGUGCUUCCUGGAUUGUAUAUAAAUAUUAUCUAGUAUAGAUAAUAAAAAACAAUUUUUCAUUAACACAUUGUAUACUGAGAAAUAGAAUGUAUUUUUAAAUAUUCGUUUGUACUUUUGAAAUUUUCACUGAGAAUUGAAUGUUUUGUAAUUAUAAUUCGAAAAAAAUAUUUUCAAAUACUAUUUAAUUAAUAGAGAGAUAAAUUUAUAUUUUAUCGUACAAAAAAUUCUACAAACGAAUAUUUAAUCAAUUGUACAUCGAAACAAUAUAGUUUUAUAAUUUCUUUCCCUUAAAAUUUAAUGGUUAUAUCAGUUUAAAAAAAUCAAUAAAAAAAUAAAGAAAAAUA